AUGUAUGAAAUAGCAAAGGAGCAGAUAUCUGAUACAGAUGUAAAAGAUGCAUUUCAGCAGUUCAAAACAAGUGCUGUUUCCCAGCACCCUGAUUUUAAACAUGAUUUGCAGCUUGUAGAAGGAGGUAGUACUGGGGUAGCAUCAAAAUACAUUGGUUUCUUAAGGGAGAUAGGCAGAAAAGGCAAACCUCAUCACAUUUUGGCUGCUAUUUUGCCAGCUAUGAGGACAUAUAGAUACCUUGGAUGGUUUUUGAAUCAAUAUGCCACCAGCAAACAUCCCUUCUUUAAAUGGAUUUCCACGUAUUGGUCUUACGAAUUUGACAUGUCUGUCAAGAAUAUGGAGCACAUUGUUGACAAAUUAGUUGUGAGGCCAGGGAAGAAACAAGUAAAAAACCUUUUCCGCAUCUCCUUCAGAGCUAAGCGACUUGUGGCAGAGAUCUUUCAUGCCCUAAUGAAACCAACCAUCGUACCACUGAUGCAUAACCAUCCUGAUAUGGUCUUAUUUGUUGGUUUUGAUAUCAAUGCUGCUGAAGAUAUCGAUCAUCCAGUUGAAGAGAGUGAUGGAUUCAUUAACGAAGAUACUGGAUGGUGCUCUGGUUUAUUUGAAACCACAUCUGCAUUAACUAGAAAGUCUGUCAGGAAGAGGGAAACAGCUGAAGAAAAGAAGGAAAAUGAUGAAUAUGAACAUACUGUUGAUGUGUUGCGCACUGUUUCUCAAUUUCUGAAUCAAAAGUAUGAGGCAUGCAUUAAAGCGAUUACCCCUGUGGUGAGUGUUGGUUAUUCAUUUUCUAAUCUCUCAGAAGAAUUUAAGAAGCUCACAGAGUGUGAGAAGGAAGCCAAUGAAGAGCUUAUGAAGUCCAGCUUGCUUAAAGGACUCAAGGAAAAACAUAUCAAGCAAUUUGGUGAACGCUUUUCAUUUCACCGUCUCUGCUGGGAUGUCCUCAGCAAAUUUGGAAACAGAGCAACUGUAAUAUCUUCCUCGUGGUGUGGAGGAAACGUUGUCAGGGAGGUUAUUAACAAGGGUGUUCUUAAAGAACAUUUUAAGAUGGCUUUUUUGGAGCAAGUUGCAGUGCAUGGGAAUGAACUUUGCUUUGAACAAAGUAGCUGUACAGGUGAUUUCCAAAUAAAAGUGCACUCAGCAAUGGACAAGGUUCGUAUCUUUCUGGAUAACGUUGAGAGAGAAUGUGGCCUUACAAUUUAUGUGGGCGAAUCGUUGAAUGAUCUCCUAGCCAUGAUGAAAGCAGACAUUGGAAUAAUAAUUAACCCCAAUUCAAGGCUGUUAACAGUGGCACCUCAGUUUGGUAUAGAAUGUGUCCCACUAUACCUUGGUCUUCUUAACAAGUUAAAGUUAGCGAAGACAAGCGAGCAAGAAGAAGGAGGCCAAUCUAUAUGGAGGGAAGAUUCUGGAGUUCUUUACACAGUCAACAAGUGGGAGCAACUGUACAUCUUUUUAUUUGGUGUUCCUGAGGAACCAAAGAAAUGGAAGUUUUGGGAAAAGGAAAGCACUACGGAUGAUGAUGAUGACUGUUGGUCCUCUGGUAUUUUUAAAGACUACAAGGAUCCAUUGGCAAACACUUCGGAGGAUCCAUCGGCAAGCUUGGAAGAUGAAGAUGAUAUCUUCGCUGAGGAUGAUCAUGAAGAUUACUUGACUGAUGAUGAGAUUCCUUUUGUGAAUGAUCCUGAUUCUGAUUUUGAGGAUGAAGACUCAUCUUAG